UGCUGCGUUUCACACUGUUUGAAAUGUCAGAAACUCCCGACACACUGAUUAGUCUUGAAGAGUUAGAAACUAUGUUUAAGGAUAGGUAUACGGACAAGGAUGUUAAUUAUCAAAACUACUUGUCGAAUGCCAAUGUACCACCCCCUGUCAUACCUCAUUGGGAUGAAAUAAAUCGGGAAAGAUUCAAUCAUCGGGAUCGGAGAAAUGAUAACUACAGAUUCCAGAGAAACAACUUCCGACGUAACAGUUUGGAUUAAUUCGAUUCAUUAUCAGAUCACGAAACUUUAGGGUAGUUUUUGUUUGAAUAAACGUUUAUACAAACUUCUGCUUUAUUUCGACUUAGAAAAUGUAACUACCGUAAUUGGGAAACUGAAAAAUUUAAUUCGUUCCAUGAAAGGUUUAGAAUUGUUAUUUUUGAAGUGCUUAAGGAUCGUCUUGUUGAUUUGAACUGACGGUUCUAUAUUCCUUGGUAUGUCACUGGUUAUUUUGGAGGUGCUUACCAUCAUACUAUCAUUUAAAAAAGUUAUUGUCGGUCGAUUACUGGUUCUAAGAACUUUAUUAUUAUGUGUUUUGAUAUAUUGAAAGGUGGAACACUAUAGUUAAUAGACUUCUGAUUAACCAUAUCUAGCUUUUCAGUUCUUCUGUCUUCAAACAAAGACCUGAAUAUGUUUUCCGAUUGUUCGCCAGAUUAUAUAUGAUUUUCUUAGUUUCAAUGCCGGGGUUGAACUUGAUAGAUUUUUAUUCACAAAUUAAUACAGUGACAUGUCAUACGAAUUCGCCUUGACCAAAAAUAGCUUGACAUUAAAAUAUUCAGACCUAUUAUGACUUGUACUAACAAUAUCCCGUAUUGUUUCCUUUGUACUAUUUAACAUUGCGUUAAUUUUAUUUCAUUUAUUUAUUUAUUCUGAAGAAGUGGCAUACACUAAGUCGCGCAACGUCAUAAAUACAAUUUUAUACUCAUUGAGAUAUCACAAAAAAUAUGUUUGUUGUAUAUGAUUUUACUCUAUAUCUGAAGAAACCUUAUUGAUCGUUUCCAAGCACGUGAAAAUAUCAAUCUUGCAAUAAAUUGUAAUGUCUCCGGUUAUUGAUUUGAUUUAUUCAGUUAAGCGUAGGCUACUGAUGUUGUUAGUUUCAGACAGUACGAUACACUAAUUUUCGUUAAUAUCGGGAAAACUUAUUAACUUGUUGGUCCUGUCAGUUCAUUCAUUUCAGUCAGAUAUUGUUUACUGUUGGUGGGUAUAUUAACCAGACUUUCAUCGAUUAUGAAUCUUACUCUGGUUAUUAACUAAAGGUGAUUUUUUGUCAAUUGCCUUUGCAUUUAUUCCUAACUUGACUUUUUUAAUGCAACAUGUAAACGUCCAUUGUAAUAUGCACUCUGAAAACUUAAACAAUCAAAUUAAUUUGAAAUUGAUUCUCAUAGUGAAGUUAUUUUAGCGAAAGAACUACUGACAUCCGUAUUUCGUAGGUCGAAACUCCUCAAUGACAUACACGUUUUACCCCAUUCAGCUGAUGCGAAUUCGUGUUGACAAUCGUCUUCAGAUUAUGCAAAGCAAUUCACACAGUCAUCUGAUAAGCCAGUUCAAUUAGGUAGCCCCAGUCUCUUGCAAGGACUUAAGAGUGUAGUUUACGUAACUUGUAAAACUUUAUGUCAGAAACGUUUCAAUCCAUGAUCGUGAAUCUGUCGUGAAAUAUUGCCAUAUAUCAAUGCAAAUGUUAAGAUAAUCUAUGACUGUUCACUAAGUCGCGCAGAAUAAAAUGUGUGCGACCCCAUGACUUAUCAAUAUGCAACUUAGUGAUUCAUUUAAGUAGUAUUCCUCAUGUUUUAGACUAUAAAGUAUUGUGAAACGUUAAAAAAUUUCAUUAUCAUGAUUAUAACGAACUUAUAAAAAUGAAAUAAAUUCUCAUUACCAGCCAGAUUCAAGUAGACAAUCCGUUAUUAUUAAACUGAAUCAUUCUUUUAAAAUGGUUGCGAAAGAUAUUUUGGUGAUAAUCAGAUUAUGAAAAAAAUUAGACAUUUUUGUCGAAUUUGUUAACUACACCCUUCAUUUAUAUGACAAAUAACCGAAGUGCAUAACAUAAACAUAUGUCACUUCAUUGCCUUAACUUGUCUAACCAUGUACUACAGCAUGAUCGCAGCAUAAAUAUUUCUAUUUCAUAAAAAAGGUUUUGAUACCAACAUGAAAUAAUUAAGAAGAAUAAAACAAUGCAGUGAACAUCUUUUCCGGAGAAUGAAACAUUCCUAUAUUCUGUAACCGUAAAUCGCGACCCCUGAACUAUUUUAUAUAACAAAUUUGGGAGGUGAUUUAGUAUCUGAAGCAAGAAUGAAUUUUUUCAAUAAGAAUAUACCAUUAUAUUUUUAUUUGCAUGAAAAUACCUUAUGAUUACUGCACCCAACUGCACCACAAGACAAGCCCUCACAUGGGAUCCUCAAGGCCAAAGUAAACGAGGAAAGCCAAAUAACACAUUACGGCGAGAAAUUUAGACAGACAUGAGAAAAACGAACAAAAAUUGGAUAGAACUAGAAAGGGGAGUUGAAGACAGCGUGGGUUGGCGAAUGCUGGUCGGCGGCCUAUACUCCAUUAGGAGUAACUGGCGUCUUCCUCCUUACCGUAUUAUUACUAUAUUUGCCUACUCAAUAUUGGGUAAUAUUUAUUCUCUAAAAUGUUCUGUAAGUGAAUAAGAAUGUACAUUAGUAGUAUGUAAUGUCGUGUGAUUUUCCGAUGAUAAUUACUUGUCUUAUAAUAAAACUUGUUUUUUAAGGCAAAUAACUCUUCUUUGUCAUUUCCAGGAAGUAAUUCUCAUAUCUUAUAAUAACUACACCGUUUAGGCUACUACUGCGAUUAUCAAUGAUAAUUUUAUCUUCAGUCACCUCCAAUCGAUGCUCUUACCGCUACGUGAAACUUGGAAAUUUGGAUUAUACUACUCACAAAUGUUAAUCAGUAGCACCUUUAGAAUGACAGUUUAAUCGCCAGAUUGAUACUACUUUACAGACCAUUGUAGUUGCAUUCUAUGAAUAUUUCUUUUAUUAAAAAUUAUUUCAUCAUACCUUUAUUGACUGGCCGGACUUGACACUUUUUAGUUUUAUGAUUCGUCCAUCUUCACAAAUUUGUCGUUCGGGCCAAAGAUAAGAUAUUUUCAACCCACAUCAGUACUCAUAAUGUCGAAAAUUUUGUAAAUGGUUUUCGUUCCCAUCAUUGACCUAUAAGUUAAAUAUAUGUCAGCUAUUCAACAAAAUUCUGGAGACUAACGUCUUUAAGAUUUCCCCUACUUAUGGUUUUCACAUUAUCUCCAAUUUUCUGUCUAUAAUUUUUAAUAUAAUAUUCGGGGUAAUAUCCUUUGACGUCUAUCAUCCAGUUGGUUUUUGAGCUGAGAUAGAAACGUAUGCUGACCUAUUCUUCCAAUUUAGUGUAUCUCGAUAUUGUCACAGUUUACCUUCCAAAACUAAUAUCCUGCUAGUUUCCAAUUUUUCCAGUCUUGAGUUUCGUAAAAAACAGAAUGCAAAGAUUUUGUAGUUUUCUUAGCUGGUUUAGUUCCGGAUUUCGUAUACUGUCUACUUGCUGUUCUUGAGUAAUAGCAGUGCUGAAUAAAAUAAGCUCUAGCUCAGUGUUAUUAGGCUUCCUCUUCAGCAUACAUUAAACUAAUCAUCAUACAAAACAAUUUAUGAUUGGGAAAUGAUAAGCCAUUUAGAGGAAAUUAAUAUUUCUUUCAUUUAUAACUCCAUUAGUAUAAAAUAGAUUCUUACUAUUUCCAUAUGAUAGG